AUGGUUUCUGCUAGCAGGAUCAAGGUUCAGAACCCCGUCGUCGAGAUGGACGGCGACGAGAUGACGCGCAUCAUCUGGCACAAGAUCCGUGAAGAGCUCAUCCUGCCCUUCCUCGACGUGGAGCUCAAGUACUUUGACUUGAGCAUGGAGAAUCGCGACGCGACUGACGACCAGGUAACAGUCGACGCGGCCGAGGCGACGAAGAAGUACCAGGUAGCGGUCAAGUGCGCCACGAUCACGCCCGACGAGGCCCGCGUCAAGGAGUUCAAUCUCAAAAAAAUGUGGCUCUCCCCUAACGGCACGAUCCGCAACAUCUUGGGCGGUACCGUCUUCCGCGAGCCUAUCAUCCUCGACUCUAUCCCUCGCCCUGUUCCUGGGUGGACCAAGCCCAUCUGCAUUGGUCGUCACGCUUUCGGAGACCAGUACCGCUGCCAGAACUUUGUUGCCCCCGGCGCCGGCAAGUUCACGAUGACCUACACCCCCACUGACGGUGGGGAGGAGAAGAAGUGGGACGUCUUCAACUUCCCUCAGGGUGGAGGAGUUGGCUUGGCGAUGUACAACACCACCGAGUCCAUCUCGGGCUUCGCGCACGCCUCGUUCAAGAUGGCCAUCCAGAAGCAAAUGCCCCUCUACAUGUCGACGAAGAACACCAUCCUCAAAGCCUACGACGGCAAGUUCAAGGACACCUUCCAGGAGAUCUUUGAGAAGGAGUACAAGAGCGAGUUUGAGAAGCUGGGCAUCUGGUACGAGCACCGCCUCAUCGACGACAUGGUUGCGCAGAUGAUCAAGAGCGAGGGUGGAUUCGUCCUUGCGCUCAAGAACUACGAUGGUGACGUGCUGUCCGACAUUUUGGCGCAGGGCUACGGCUCGCUGGGCAUGAUGACUUCAGAGCUUAUUACUCCAGACGGGCAGAUCCUCGAGUCCGAGGCUGCGCACGGAACGGUCACGCGCCACUACCGUGAGCACCAGAAGGGCAACGAGACGUCGACCAACUCGGUCGCCUCGAUCUUUGCGUGGACUCGUGGUCUCAAGUUCCGCGGUAAGCUGGACAAGAACGAGGAGCUCGUCAUCUUUGGUGACGAGCUCGAGAAGGCGUGCGUGGACGCCAUUGACAAGGAGGGCAUCAUGACCAAGGACUUGGCGCUGGCGAGGAAGGGCAAGCAGAUGAAGAGGGAGGACUACGUGACCACGACGGAGUUCCUGGACCAUAUUCGCGAGUCGCUGAAGAAGAGGCUGGCGAGCAAGGGCAUCUCGGCGGGCAAGCUCUAA